CUUUUCGACAAGUGCACUUCCUGUUUACGUUUUUGACAACCAUUGGACUGACAUUUGUAUAGUUUCGAACAAGUCGUCGCCUUACUUUUAGCUAAACUUGGGCAAAACAAAUAGCUUGUGUUACAUAAGGACUAAAACUAGCUCACCAACUUUCAAAUGAAUUCAUAUGACAGAGGUUUAUUGUGAACUGGAACACGUUUGGAUUAUUUUAUAGCUGGCUAUAGCUAGCUAUAUAAAAAAUAGCAGUUUCGGCCGAUCAUCAUAAUUCUGAGGGCUGCUAGCUAACUAAAGUCAACGAAAAUAUUUUUUGUGUCGCUGUGUCUCGUAACAUGGAGAACAAGUACAACCUCAAGAGUCCGGCGGUGAAGAGGCUGAUGAAGGAGGCUGCUGAGCUGAGGGAGCCUACAGAGCACUACCACGCCCAGCCACUGGAGGAUAAUCUGUUUGAGUGGCACUUCUCAGUCCGCGGCCCCUCUGACUCAGACUUUGAUGGGGGGGUCUACCAUGGCAGGAUUGUCCUCCCCCCAGAGUACCCCAUGAAGCCCCCCAGCAUCAUCCUCCUCACACCCAACGGGAGGUUCGAGGUGGGGAAGAAGAUCUGUCUGAGUAUUUCUGGGCACCAUCCGGAAACCUGGCAGCCAUCCUGGAGCAUAAGAACGGCACUAAUAGCUAUAAUCGGAUUCAUGCCGACCAAAGGAGAGGGGGCGAUAGGAUCCCUUGAUUACACCCCGGAAGAGAGAAGAGCCCUGGCCAAAAAAUCCCUGGACUUCUGCUGUGAGGCCUGUGAAUGCUCCACUCGGACGGCCCUGCUGUCCCUCUCCCCCAACAGCACGCACAGCCCUGCCGAUGCCAAGGCCAAAGAACUCGCCCAGCAGAUCAAAUUCAAGGCAGAGUCCAGCUCGUCCAGCCUCUCCAGCGAGAGCGCCGGAGCGUCCAGCGAUACCUCCGCCAGCUCCCAGGGACAAAGCUUAGGUCUGGAGGAACAGGGGUCCUCUGAGGGCCUGGGGGAGCAGUCAGAAUCAGCUCCAGCAGAGGAUCAGGCCGGCCCCCCUCCCGCCGGCCCCCCUGCCGCCGGCCCCCCUGCCGCCGGCCCCCGCUCCCUCAGCCCCCGGCAGCGCAGAGCCCAGCAGCAGGGCCAGGCCCAGGCCCAGAGGGAGCCCCCUAGCCGGCCCAUCUUCCCUGCCUUCCCCGUGGCCCCACCCCCCCCUCAGGACGGCAGCCACACAGGCUCCGUGGUGCUCAUCCUGCUGCUCACCCUGGCCCUGGCCGCGCUCAUCUUCCGUAGGGUCUACCUGACACAAGAGUACAAGUUUGACUAUGAGCUGUAACAACGCUGCUAACACACGCACCCACUGCCACCCCCCCCCCCUGCCUCCUACCCCUCCCCCCUCCUACCCCUCCCCCCUCCUACCCCUGGCUGGACAAACGGUGACGGCCCAGGGACCUGGAGAUGCGUGGUGGUCAGCUCUGUGUGCAGAGGGCUCCUGCUGGCCUGGUGCGGUGCUCUCCCCAGGACAGACCACUGGGUUCACAGUCUGGGUGUGCUGCAUUCCUGUGGAGGUCAUGGUUCCCUCACCACAACACCUCCCCAGGGGUUAUAACUGCUCUCUGUAGAAUGUGUUUUUAAGGUGAGUCUGGUGUCCAACCUCGACGUCAACAAACGAAGACUUCCUUUUGGUUUUUAUUUCAUCUUAAUUUUUGGGGUUUGUUGCUCGCUCUCAAUAUUUAAAGUCAAUGGUUUUAACUCGUCUAAACUAUGAAGGCUUGUGUUGGUCUCUUGAUACUUUAUGUAAUUGUUCCAUUUGAAGUAAAAUGCCAACCUGCACAUUAGUUAUCAUAGCUUCCUGUGACACAGCCAUUUUGAAAAACUGAGAUUGCUUACAUUUCAAGCUUUCCUGCUUUUACAAGUAUUUAGUUUAUCAAUGAUUCAGAUGUCUGUUGAGCAAGGGAAAAAACCUAUUGACCUGACAUUGUCUUGGUUUAGCUCAGGUCCUGUACACAGAGUGACAGAUGAAUGCGCUGUUAUCUAUCUGUCUGGGAGCUGAUGCAGGACUUGUGUGGGUGGAGACAUUGUUCUCUCGGAGCAUUUUUGGACCAGAACAGAUAAGUUCUCUCUUAGUACUGUUCUCAUGACGUUCAUGGUCAAUGUGAUCGGAUAGACUACCUCAGGGUGGAAUGAGUCCAUUGACCAAGAACCAUAUUGUUUUUAAGAUGAUAUAAUGCAUCUGUUCACAUCCUCAGUUACCAUGGCUAAACCCUAAAUAUGGACACUGUAAUGGAAAUAAAUUCUUUGAAUAAAAAUACUGAUACUU